UGCUUUGUAGCCGACCACCGCUUCGCCGCCUCCUCUUUUUCUCCUCUCCCCGCCUAUGCCUGUCCCGGCAAUCAUCCAGCGAAUGUUCGGUCCACCCCCAGACCCCCUGCAGGGAACAGUGAGAGAGCGGUUCCGUUCUGAGCACACAGCAUACUAUUGAAAGCUGCUAAGGGAAGACGUGGAUAAUAAGUGUCGUUGUUGACGUAACCCAGGAUUUUUUUCGGAGGUAUGCCUGUGCCAGACCAGCCAUCAGAGCAGGAGAAGGGAGCCAGUCUGCUGAGUCCAGGUCUACCAUCAUCUAACGGAGAUGGAUCAGACGGGACGGAGACCACCUCCGCUAUCCUGGCCUCCGUCAAAGAACAGGAGCUGCAGUUUGAGAGACUGACCCGUGAGCUGGAGGCAGAAAGACAGAUUGUAGCCACACAGUUGGAGAGAUGCAAGCUGGGCUCUGAGACUGGUGGAAGUAUGAGCAGCAUCAGUUCGGCAGAUGAGCAGUUUCGCUGGAACAUCCAAGCUGAUGGCCAGAAGGACAUAGAGGAUGAGCUGACCACAGGACUGGAGCUGGUUGACUCCUGCAUCAGAUCCCUGCAGGAGUCUGGAAUACUGGACCCUCAUCAAUACAACACAGGAGAACCUCUUCUUUCCCAGAGUUCUUUGCAGCUCAACUCCACCCCAGAGGCUUCGCUCCAGUACUCCGCCAGCUACCAUAGCAACCAGACCCUCGCCCUUAGCGACAGUGCUGCAGCGGCAACCCCACAGCGCAGUGGACAGGUCGGAGGGGCCGUGCACAGCUACAACCAGGUGACAUCUAGUCGUGCGGCCCAGCAGCAGGCAGGGGGAGGGGGAGGUAGUGGAGGAGACCCCUUCUCUCAGAGCCAUGGCAGUGCCUUUCAUCUGCCUGAUGCACAGCUUCCCACAAUCGGUCACUACUACUCCAGUUCCACCCUGCCUGCCCAGCGUGUGAGUUCACCUCUGACCGGAGGUGGAGGUGGAGGGUCUGGUUCUCCCAGCAAGCUGCAGCGCCUGGGCUCAGCCUCAGACACACUGGGCUACGCUACCACCCAGCGCCUACCUUCCUCCUCCUCAUCCUCACCCAACAAACAGUCCCCAGCCAACCGACUCGCCAAGUCCUACAGCACCACUGGUGCCGUGACAACAACCGGGUCUCCGCUGAGGGUGGGCUCUCCACCCAACUCCAUAGCAACAGUUGCCGGGGGAGGGGCUAGCGCUUCAUCAUCCCCACUACACCUGAUGAGUUCGGGCAUAGGGAGCUACGCUACUCUGUCUCCUAAAAGACUGGCUGCUCACCACGCCUCCGACCAGUACAAGAUAUCCCAUGAGCUCUAUGCUACCGCUACGCUACAGAGGCCCGGCAGUCUGGCAGGUUCCAGGGGUUCCUACAGUAAUCAGCACAGUCACUGCGGUCCAGACCUGCGUCCCCUGGGAUCCCCAGACCACCACAAAGAGCCCAUCUAUGAGGACAGAGUCAACCACUACCACAAAGGACCUAUGAGGGGACUGGGAAACAACACUGCCCCAUCCUCCCCCGGUGUCGACUCCGCCUCUUUACAGCGAGCAGGCAGCCACAGCGCCGGAGGAAGCAGCCACAGCGCCGGAGGAAGCAGCCACAGCGCCGGAGGAAGUUAUGGUCGUGGGGGUGCCAAUAACUACACUACAGUGGGCCCAGGCUAUACAGCAGAGGCCUAUGCUACGGACCCCUACACUGCAGAUCCCUACCGUACACUACAGUACUGCCCAUCUGUAGAGUCUCCUUACAGCAAAUCUGGACCAGCCAUGCCACCUGAGGGCACACUGGCUAGAUCACCAUCUAUAGACUCCAUACAGAAAGACCCGAGGGAGUUUGGAUGGAGGGAUCCAGAGUUACCUGAAGUGAUUCAGAUGCUGCAGCACCAGUUCCCUUCAGUCCAGUCCAACGCUGCAGCCUACCUCCAACACCUCUGCUUCGGAGACAACAAUAUCAAAUCAGAGAUUCGUCGUCAGGGUGGGAUCCAGCUGCUGGUAGACCUGUUGGACCACCGUAUGAGUGAGGUCCACCGCAGUGCCUGUGGAGCCUUGAGGAACCUGGUUUAUGGCAAGGCCAACGAUGACAACAAGAUCACCCUGAAGAACUUUGGGGGCAUACCUGCCCUCGUACGCCUGCUACGCAAGACGGGAGACGUGGAGAUACGAGAACUGGUCACAGGUGUGUUGUGGAACCUGUCAUCGUGUGACGCCCUGAAGAUGCCAAUCAUCCAGGAUGCGUUGGCCGUUCUGACCAAUAGCGUCAUCAUCCCCCACUCUUCCUCCUGGGACUCCUCCCACAAUCUCCAUGACGACCGCAAGCAACACACACACACCUCCCAGGUGCUUCGCAAUGCCACCGGCUGCCUCAGAAAUGUGAGUUCUGCUGGAGAGGAGGCCAGGAGGAGGAUGAGAGAGUGUGACGGACUGACAGACUCCCUCCUCUACAUCAUACAGACCGCUCUGGGCAGCAACGACAUCGACAGCAAGACCAUAGAGAACUGUGUGUGUAUCCUGCGUAACCUGUCCUACCGACUGGCAGCGGAGACUUCUCAGGGCCAGCAGCUGGGUUCAGAAGAGCUGGACGGUCUGCUGUGUGACGCCAACGGACGUGACGGAGAGACCUCAGGCUGCUGGGGCAAGAAGAAGAAGAAGAAGAAGGGACAGGACCAGUGGGAUGGUGUAGGCCCUCUCCAAGACUCAGCUGACCCUCCUAAAGGGGUACAGAUGUUAUGGCACCCGUCCAUAGUGAAGCCCUACCUCACCCUACUUUCAGAGUGCUCCAACCCUGAUACACUGGAGGGAGCGGCUGGAGCCCUGCAGAACCUGGCUGCAGGCAGCUGGAAGUGGUCUGUGUAUAUCCGGGCUGCGGUGCGUAAAGAGAAAGGCCUUCCUAUCCUGGUGGAGUUGUUGAGGAUAGACAAUGACCGUGUGGUGUGUGCCGUGGCCACCGCACUCAGAAAUAUGGCCCUGGACAUCAGAAACAAAGAACUGAUAGGUAAAUACGCCAUGCGUGACCUGGUCCACCGGUUACCUGGCAGUAGCAGCAACAGUACUGGGGGCAGUGGUGGGACUAGUGGAGGUACCGGGGGCCCGAUGGCACCCGGUAAGACCAUGUCAGACGAUACGGUAACGGCUAUCUGCUGCGCUCUGCAUGAGGUCAUCACUAAGAACAUGGAAAACGCCAAAGCACUGAGAGACGCUGGCGGGAUAGAGAAACUCAUCGGCAUCGCUCGCAGCAAAGGAGACAAACACUCAGCCAAGGUGGUGAAGGCUGCAUCUCAGGUGCUCAGCAGUAUGUGGCAGUACAGAGACCUACGCAGCCUCUACAAGAAGGAUGGAUACUCUCAGUAUCACUUUGCUGGUUCUGCCUCUACGAUAGAGAGAGACAGACAGAGACCCUACUCCUCCUCUCGCACCCCCUCUGUGUCCCCUGUACGAACCUCACCCAACAACCGCUCAGUAAGCGCCCCGGCCUCUCCCAGAGAAAUGAUGAGUAUGAAGGAUCGCAAGCCCGAAAACGACUCCACGGCAACUAACGCAGGUUUCCACAGCAACAAAGGAGAGCACACAUCCCGGAAAGACGCCAUGGCAGUCCAAAUCUCCUGUGGAACAUCCACGUUGUUCCGGAACUCUUAUGUAACUGCUAAUGACGACAUUAAACACAACCAGAUCCCUCCUCAGCCCAUGACCAUAGCUCCGCAGGCAGACUGCUCCUCUACACCUAUAAAAGAAUACGACACGUUCCCUCCAUCCCUCCCUCCAUCCUUCCCUCCGCCGCAGAACCCUGGCCGCAUGCUGGAUGACUCCUUCUUCGUGCCUCCAGACCAGCCCCUCCCCCAGCCCCCAUCUCAGGCUGCCACUGACCUCCGGAUGCACCUGGGCCUCAAAUCCACCGGCAACUACGUGGACUUCUACUCUGCAUCCCGGCCCUACUCCGAACUCAACUACGAGACCAGCCACUACCCGGCCUCGCCUGACUCCUGGGUCUAGAGACAGGAGUCACAACUUAUCUCUGGUCGUGGAGAGACAUAGGCUUGUGCAGGCUUUAGCUCCAGCCUUGCAGUAACAACACCUGAUUCAAGUAAUUAAAGUGUUAUGAACAGUUGUUUUUAGGAUAUCAGGUUUAUUAGUGCUGGGCUGGAACAAAAGCCUCCAUGGUCCUGUAGCUCUCCUGGACUGGGAGUGAAAACACUGGUGUAGAGUAAGGUGGGAGUGUGAGGUUAAUAUUAGUUACUAACCGCAGCAGAGAUUGAGGGGGUAGAGGAGGGAGGUGCCAGGGGGUUGUUGGGGACUGAGGCGUGAAGAGAGACUGUGCAUGUGCAUGAAUACCACAAUACAUUUUCUUUCUGCCAGUUCAGUUUGUUCAAAGCUUGUUCCACUGGGAAAGUGAAUGUAUGGAUAUGUCAAAAGGGAGAGAAAGAAAGAGAGGGAGAGAGACAGAGGAAAGAGAGAGAGAGGGAGAGAGACAGAGGAGAGAGAGAGAGAGAGGGAGAGAGACAGGAAAGAGAGAGAGAGAUAGGGAGAGAGACAGAGGAGAGAGGGAGAGAGACAGAGGAGAGAGAGGGAGAGAGACAGGAAAGAGAGAGAGAGAUAGGGAGAGAGACAGAGGAAAGAGAGAGAGAGAGAGAGCCUUGACGGAAAGAGAGAGAGAGAGAGAGAGAGAGAGAGAGAGAGAGAGAGUGAGUGAAGGCCUUGACGGAAAGAAAGCAAGAAAACAAGUGAAUGAUGACGGAGGGCUCUUACAUUGACCUUCAGGAAGGAGGAGAAGAGACGAGGUGUGGAGAAAUGGAGGAGAAGAAGAGUGGCGGUAAGGGUUCUUUGGCUAAUCGGGAUGAAAAGCGACAGAACAGAGAAGGGAGAGAGGGAUGAGUGGAAUACACCAAGCUCAAGGCAAGAGUGGAUGUUUACAGGAAAAACUAAGGGAGCAGCUUUCCACCCAUUCAUUACAUUGACUUCUGACUUUCACCUUUCUAUGGAAUGUCCUCUAUUCAAGAAGACUCUUCCAGCCAUUUUAUUUUCACAUUUUUUAUUUGUAUUUUUUAAAGUUGUGGAUGUAUAGUAUUUUUGGUGUACAGUACAGUGACAGUUGAGAGACUUGUGUGGUAUUGUGUAUAUUACACGAGUCACUAGCGACCGACCACUGCAUAUUGUUAGUCUGUAACAGGAGAGGCUGAGAAGAAAACACACACCAUUUGGAACAAUGUCUAUCAAUGAUCACUGUCUCCCUUUCCCACACCACAUCUGUUUGAACAGCCAGUGGUUGACUAGCAGUAUUGUAUGUUCUCUGAUCACGAAAAAUGUCUGUCCAAAGCAGUUCAAGACCGACUACAACACCGAUGACGACAUUCCACAACCCUUCUUGACAGACUGCUUUUUCACUGCCUAAACAAUUAGAUGUAGAUAUUUGAAAUAUACGUUUCUUGUUUCUCCAUUUCCACACUCUGAUAUUUUAUUUUGAAGAUACAGUAUUUAAAAGUUCUGAAAUAAAAUGGUUUUGUCAUCCACAAUUACAUGAUACAAUCUGUCCCGUGUACAAGAACCAACCUUCUGCUUUCUAAGACGUUCUACUAGGUUGUACAUACCCCCACUGUACGUUAGAGAGAGAAGUGACAUCGUGCCAAACUUUGCCCUCUCUGGUUCCAGCCCUAGACUGGAGGAUGUAUGCGACUCUCAGUUGACGUUUACAGACCAUGACUAGUCAUUCUCUCUUGUUUGUAACUGCUUUGGUUUUGAUGGGAGUAAGUUAUACACCUCCUACAGAGGGUUGUCACUAUAGAAAGGGGUAUGUACGUCUCCUUCUUAAAUGAACAGACCUGCCUAUGUUAGUUGAGCGUGUAUGUGUGUGCGUGUGUGUGCGCAUGUGCGCGUUUGGGUGUGUGUCUUGAUCACUGUCUGAAAUAAGAGGCAUCCCUCCAGAUAACAGUCAGAUUUUACAAAACACAACCCAAAACAAAAUUGACUUGACUGACAUGUCCAUAGAGAAUGAAUGACAAAUCUAUAUAUACGCUGCCUUCAGAAAGUAUUCACACCCCUUGACUUAUUCCACAUUUUGUUGUUACAGCCUGAGUUCAAAAUGGAUUAAAUAUGUUUUUCUUCUCACUCAUCUACACACAACACCCCAUAAUGACAGUGAAAACAGGUUUUUAGAAAUGUUUGCAAAUGUGUUGAAAAUGAAGUACAGAAAUAUCUCACAACUUUGGCAGCGAUUGGGAGUCUUUCUGGGUAAGUCUAAGAGCUUUACAGACCUGGAUUGUGCAACAUUAUGCCCAUUAUUUUUUAAAUUCUUCAAGCCCUGUGUUUUCAAGUCUGCCAUAGAUAAUUUAUUUGUAUUUAUUUUUUCCACCCUUUUUUUCCCCAAUUACAAUCUUGUUUCAUCGCUGCAACUCCCCAAUGGGCUCUGAAAAGGGGAAGGUUGAGUCAUGUGUCCUCCGUAACAUGACCCGCCAAACUGCGCUCCUUAACACCCGCCCGCUUAACACUGUUCAACUGACGACGGAGGUCAGCUGGCAGGCGCCCGGCCUGCCACAAGGCAUCGCUAGAGCGUGAUGAAUCAAGUAAAUGAACCAAUGGAGCAUGGUACUCAGUAAUGUAUUGUAUUGAAUUUGCCCCAAACAUAACACCUUGUAUUCAGGACAAAAGGUUAAUUGCUUUGCCAUAUUUUUUAGCAGUAUUACUUUAGUGCCUUGUUGCAAACAGGGUGCAUGUUUUGGAAUAUUUUUAUUGUAAACAGGUGGCCUUCUUUUCACUUUGUUAAUUAGGUUAGUAUUGUGGAGUAACUACAAUGUUGUUGAUCCAUCCUCAGUUUUCUCCUAUCACAGCCAUUAAACCCUCUACUGUUUUAACUUCACAAUUUGCCUGAUGGUGAAAUCCCUGAGCGGUUUCCUUCCUCUCCGGCAGCUGAGUUAGGAAGGAUUUUCUUUGUAGUGACUGGGUUUAUUGAUACACCAUCCAAAGUGUAAUUAAUAACUUCAUCAUGCUCAAAGGGAUAUUUAAUGUGUUUUUUUAAAACCCAUAUUUAACCCUUCUCUGUGAGGCAUUGGAAAACGUCCCUGGUCUUUGUGGUUGAAUAUGUGUUUGAAAUUCACUGCUCGACUGAGGGACCUUAUAGAUAAUUGUAUGUGUGGGGUAUUAAAAAACAAUGUUAAACACUAUUAUUGCAUACGGAGGGAGUCCAUGCAACCUAUUGUGACUUGUUUAGUGCAGUUUUACUUUUGAACUUAUUUAGGCUUGCCAUAACAAAGAGGUUGAAUACAGUGGAGGCUGCUGAAUGGAGGACGGCUCAUAAUAAUGGCUGAAACCAUGUGUUUGAUACCAUUCCACCUAUACCACAACAGCUAUUACCACAAGCCCAUCCUCUCCAAUUAAGCUGCCAUCAACCUCCUGUGGUUGAAUACUUAUUACUCAAGACAUUUAAGCUUUCAUGUUUUAUUAAUUUGUAAAAAAUAAUAAUAAUUGAAAAACAUCAUUCCACAUUAUGGGAAGUGUGUGUUGGCCAGUGACACAAAAACAACAAUUUAAUCAUUUUAAAUUCAGGCUGUAACGCAACAAAAUGUGGAAAAAGUCAAGGGGUGUGAAUACUUUCUGAAGGCACUGCAUAUAUAUAUAUAUAUAUAUAAUGGUAUCAAACACAUGGUUUAUGUGUGUUUGAUGUCAUUCCAUAUAUAUAUAUAUAUAUAUAUAUACUUUUUAUGUGCAGGUGUUGGUGUCACUAAAAGCAACAAUGUUUUAUGGAGAAAAAAAACAUGUACAAUAUGACUCUGUUCACGUGACUGUACUGAUGAUGACGAUGAUGAUGAAGUUUGAACCCCCUGUUGAGAAGACAGCUCGGUUCCAAUAUUCACACUAGCAUACUAGUUAUUUGGCCAUACAUUCUAAGCAGUACGCUAGAGUAGAUAUUGGAACGUAGCAGAACCAACAGAACCUAGCUGAUGAUAGUGAUGAUGUUGACACUAUGGUGCGCGUUGUGAUGUCGUGUGUCCUGGCUUAUUAGAAGACCUUACUGAGUGUGGAUGCUACCUUUAACACCAGGUAAAUAAAAGACUCUUUGCAAUCUAUUCUACCUAUUAAACAUUUAUUUCACCA